AUGUCUCACAGAAAGUAUCCCCUCAACAGGUGUGUCCACUACCGGUCCAACAGCCUUCGAGCACCGCCCACCCGCCAUGAGACGCGCCCUUCCCCCGCUCUAACUCACGCCCUCGGGCUUGUCGCCGCCCUCUCUCCUCCCUUCAUCCGCCUCACCGCCGCCCGCCAAGUCCCCUCAGCCGCCGCCCGCUCCCUCAGCCGCCGCCGCAGCCAAGUCCCCCCGCCGCCCGCAGCCAAGUCCCCUCAGCCGCCGCCGCAGCCUCGGUCCCCUCAGCCACCGCCCGCAGCCAGUCCCCUCAGCCGCCGCCGCAGCCAAGUCCCCCUCAGCCGCCGCCCGCAGCAAGUCCCCCUCAGCCGCCGCAAGUCCGCCGCCGCCCGCAGCCAGCGUCCCCUCAGCCGCCGCCCGCAGCCAAGUCAGCCGCCGCCCGCAGCCUCAGCCGCCGCCGCAGCCUCCCCCUCAGCCGCCGCCCGCAGCCAAGUCCCCCUCAGCCGCCGCCCGCAGCCAAGUCCCCUCAGCCGCCGCCCGCAGCCAGUCCCCUCAGCCGCCGCCCGCAGCCAAGUCCCCUCAGCCGCCCGCAGCCCCCAGCCCCUCCCCCUCAGCGCCGCCGCGCAGCCAUCCCCCUCAGCCGCCGCCCGCAGCAAGUCCGCUCCCUCUCAAGUCCCCCUCAGCGCCGCCCGCAGCCAGUCCCCUCAACCGCCGCCCACAGCCUCCUCCGCCGCCGCCACAGCUCUGUCCCCUCAGCCGCCGCCACAGCCUCUGUCCCCUCAGCCACCGCCCGCACGUCCCCCUCAGCGCCGCCGCAGCCAAGUCCCCUCAGGUCUUCAGGUCAUGCUCGUCAGGUCUCCGCCUUUGAGGUCGUGGUCUUUCCGUCGUGGUCUUUGA